AUGUCGUUUUCAGUGAGUACAACGGAGUUUGUUCCGUAUGAUGGCACCUGUCAUCAUGGUAUGGAUAUUACAACCCCCUCUUCUUCUGUUCCUGCUGCUGCUGCUGUAGCUGCUGCAACUAAUACGAUCACUGGUGUUGGUGCUGCUGCAUCGCCGGUGAUGAGUGGUAGCAAAUCGCGCGUCUGUGUGGCAUUCUACGAAGCCGCAGAGUGCCCAUACAAUAACCAUUGCGAGCACGCCCACCACUAUGCUGAAUUGGACAGUCGCACACAAGAGAAAUUGCUCUCCGCCGUACCGAUAGAGAGUAUUCCAAAACAUUUUGUGACACCUCUGUGCAAUGCAGACCACACACCGGCGGUGCUCCGCGCUGCGUUCAUGACAAACAUGACACGUACAGGCACAACAACAACGACAACGACGACAACAACAACAACGCGUGGGGAGAAGGGAAAAUUACUCGCCCAACGCCGUGGUAAGCGAGGUAUUCGCCCACACGACUUGAGUGGGAGUAACGUGUUUGAGCACUCCUUCUCCAGUCUCGCAUCCAGCACUGACAGUUUCUUUCUUGGCAGUGUGCAUGAAUCGAAGGACGUCUCUCCACACAAAGGUACACGACGAGACGACGGCGUUGAGGCUUUUCGCAUUCGACUACCCGUCCGCUGCCGCUAUCCACACCGUAGCAUACCCGAUACGUACUACGAUGUGCUCGGUGUGCCACGUAAUGCCUCACAUGAGGAGAUCAUCGCGAGUUACCGCCGCUGGCAGAAGGAGUACAAGCAGCUGAGGCAGGUGGACCAGUGGAAUGCGGAUGCACGCGAUAACCUCGUAGUGGAGGCACGCAACGUCAUUGGACAUCCGGUGUUGCGCAGCGAGUAUGAUCGCACAUUGCCCCCGCUUUGGAGUAACAUGAACGACAGCAAAAUUAACAAAAGUAGCAGCAACAGGAAUCUUUCUCGUAUAGGGGCUUCUUUUGCUGCCACCACAUCGUCAACAAACUCUUCCUGCUCUGCCAACAUCGAUAUCGCUAGUCCUCAUGCCGCCACGCUGCAAAUGGCGAAGAGUGGCUCAAAUACUGACUUGUUGUCACUCACAGCGACUGGAGUGGGGGACGAUAGCAUCUGGUAA